AUGAGAAGUGGAUCAUUAAGAUCUUCUCUAUUGAAGUUGAUGAUACUCGUCCCGUUGACUCUGGACAAUAUGAUCCUAUCAGCGGCGGUAAACGGCGAACAUCAUCAUCGGAUAAUCAAGAAGAUUCAUUUACCCCGCGCGGUAGAGGCGUCCAGGAAAUUUGUUUGCAAAGAACCACAAACACGCGCGUACAAUUUGAAAGACUUGAUGCAGGACGUUCACCAGAAUCCUGGAGAAAGUGCAGUUCAGCCUGUCUACAUUAUAUUGAAAAGAUGUGAUGCACAUGCUGGAUGCUGCAUGAGUCCGGAUAUGAGCUGUUCACCUGUAUUAUCGGCAAUUUACUACGAAGAGGUCGAGAUCGAGAUCUGGAGCUUAGAGACGAAUAAUACGAGAAGACAAUGGAUCAGGGUUGAGCAACAUAGUAAAUGUUCUUGUGAAGUUACCACGAUCAACGAUCGUUAUCGGUUAGAACACCAACAGCCUAAAGUGACUCUUAUUUGA